AUGUUUACAAUACAUUCUCGUUCUUGUAACACUUGGGCAGCUGUUGUAAAAGAUCCGUAUGCUAAAACGGAAUGGCUCUUGGCUCGUUCAGGAAAAACUCGUGCGUUAUUUGUUGCCGUCAAGUUGGGACCAAAUUUUCUUAACAUUCCAGUACUGUAUGUCAAAAUUUACUUACAAGAAAGGUCAUCAUUUCGAGAUACUUCGUUUAAAGUAAAAAAUCAAUCACCAUGGGCCAGAAAUUUAUCUUUACCAGUAUUCCUUUAUUUAUCAAACAAAGGAUGCAAUCAAUUAGGAAAUGCUGUUCCUUUAAAAGGAAAUGAUAUGGAACUACUCCAUUUCCUUUCGGCUGGUCCUCACUUCAUUUCAUUUCCACCCAGGCCAAAAUCCAUUCAGCAACCACUUCCGGAAGAGUACCCUCCCAAAGAUGGCUAUGAAAAUCAAAUCUGUGAUGAUCUCAAUGAUUUAGUAUUGCGAGGAGCAUUGAUUAUCCUUUUUCCAUCAGCACCAAGUUCUGAUUGGGUUUGCCCAACCGUUUCCAAUGUAAUUUCACGUUAUAAUUAA